UAUUGGAUUGUUGACAGUAGGAACCUGUUGGAAACAAAAACAUUUUAGUCAAGAAAUUAUUGAAUAUAAAGCUUCAAAUAUGCCAGCAAGGGCGGAGGAUAUUAUGAAGGGCUUUAAGCUAAAUUGGAUGAAUCUCCGUGAUGCUGACAGUGGAAAAGUUCUGUGGCAAUCUAGUGAUGAUUUGUCAUCGCCUGGAGUUGAGCACGAAGCAAGAGUACCAAAAAAGAUUCUGAAAUGCCGGGCUGUUUCAAGAGAGAUCAACUUUUCAUCAAAAGAGUCCAUGGAUAAAUUCAGAUUAGAACAGAAAGUAUUGUUCAAAGGAAAGUGUUUAGAAGAGUGGCUGUUUGAGUUUGGUUUUGUGAUCCCUGGUUCCACCAAUACGUGGCAGAGUGUGAUAGAAGCUGCCCCAGAGAGCCAGAUGAUGCCUGCUAAUGUACUCAAUGGUAAUGUGGUUAUUGAAACCAGAUUUUACGAUGAAGCGGUUCUAGUCAGCACCUCCAAAGUGAGAAUCUUCUAUGUGUAGCGUCCAGCAAAACCAUGUGACUUCACUGUAUAGUAAACGACUAAAACAUACACUUGACUUUGCAAACAGUGUAUAACAGAAAAAUGGGGCUUCUGAUUGGCUGGUCCUUUGAAAAUAGCCAUUACAUUUUAAGUGAAGACUGUGUUAUGGAUGACUCCUUUGUAAAAUUGAAUUAUCUUUAUUUUACUAGGUUAAGACACAAUAAGUUGACAAAAAAAAUAAUAUUUAGCAUAAGUUAUGAUAUCAAUAACAUGCAAUUAAUUUGUAUGUACAUAAGUGUAAACAAACUUCAAUGAAAACUUCAGUAUGCAUUUAGUGGAAUACCUGCUCAGUGCAUCCAGCAGAAUGGCCAAUGUGCAGCAGGGUCAAACAUUACAGGUACUGGUAUAUCUAAUUAAAAGACACAUUUCCUUUUCAUCAGAAACAACCAAUUUUGUCAGUCAUGCUCCUGAAGUGGACAGAGACAAAUUAAGCUUUCUUUUUAGGAUAUCAACCUUGGUUCAGUGUGACUACGAUAAUGAAAAUGAUUUCUUUCCCAGGUCAGCAAGAAUGUGCAUAUAAGAAAUUUGCUGAUUCUGAACAGAUUCAUGAUAUUUAAUAUACUAAUUUAUUUUCAUCAUAAGUGUGUACUACAAUGUUUUUCGUCUGCCAGGUAACUAAAACAUUGUCUCAUUAAAAUUAUUUAUUGCCACCGUUCCGGAAUUGUUACUCUUUCAUUAUCCUAAUGAUCCUUAUUUACAAAUAUUUCAUCUCAUUAAAAUUUGGAUCAAACUUAUGUUACUUUUCUUAAUUUUCAAACCACCAUAAAUUCUACAGUGAUAUAUGUCAACGAUGUGAAUGUUUUUAACAAAGUUGAAAAUGGUUUUGUUUAUGAUAUUGCUUGUGUUUGAAAACCAUAGACUUUAUAGUUAAAUGUGUUACAGUAGAGUUUUCAUGUUUGGACAUCGCUCAGGCAGUUUGUUUUGAAUAUAUAUGCCUUCUUAAUAAUUAGUUAUAGUCUAGACCAUUUCUCAUGAAAAGCAACAUUUAAGAAUAUUACUUGUGAACGUUCCAGUAAAUAUUGUAUUUCAGUAAUAAUAUACAUGUACAUGUAAACUAUAUAUGUCUCAUUCUUAUAACCCAUACGAUAUUUCAUAAUUUUGUAUGUGGAAAGAAAUAUGAUGGGUUUCAAGACGUAACCUGCUCUAUACAAUAGGGUGUGAAGGCCAAAAUCAUGAAAAAUUGUAGCCUUAUAAGUAACAAUAGUUUUGUCUGAUCACAUCUGAUUUAAGAUUGACUUUUUCUUGCUUAACAUUUGAUAUUGGCCUUUAAAUUCAACAAUGAAAUUGUCCCCUAAAAAGACACAAUAAGUGUAGAUAGGGAAGCUGGAAACCAUCAUAGUUUUUGUUUUUGUUCCACCUUAAUGUCCAAUAUGCUUGAACAUGCAUCUACAGGUAAUUUUCAUGUUGCACUAAUUUAUAUACUAUACAAUAUUGUACUUAACACGUUUAUUAAAUAUUUGAUGUAGGGCAUACAGUUUUGUUAACUUCAAUACAACUUACAGUUACUUUUUAUUCUUGAUAUUUAUUCAGGGGUGGUAUUAAAUAUUCACCUUAAAUCAAUCUUAUGGUUAUACAUUAUUGACAUCAUUCAUUCUUUUUGUCAGUUAUUAAAAACUAGUAAUCCCAUAAGCAUAAAGCUACACCAAAUCUUAGAUCCAAUUAAGACCAAUAUUGAAUAUCAGCCCAGCUCUAAGACACUGUCCUUCGUAGAAGUAUCUUACUAUGUGUCACUGUGUGUGUUUGUAGUUGUUCUGUUACUCCCCUGCAAUAGCUUCGAGAGCUGCAAUGUACACCAGUUAUGGUGUCUAUUUAAUUGGUACAACAUUAAUGGUUCAGUCUGUGCCUAUUAUUAUUAUUAUCAUGGCCAUUACCCCUUCCAUUGUACAUGUACAAUUAUGUGCCUACCUUUAAGACAUGUCAUCAUGGCUGUUACUUCUAUUAUUGUACUUUUCUACAGUUAAGAAAUGUAACAUGGCCUAACUUCUAUGACUGUUCUUGUUGAAGUACUUGUUGUCAUGGCUGUACUUUCUAUGACUGUAGUUGUUUAAGUACAUGUUGUCAAGGCUGUACCUUCUAUGACUGUUCUUGUUGAAGUACUUGUUGUCAUGGCUGUAACUUCUAUGACUGUAGUUGUUGAAGUACAUGUUGUCAAGGCUGUACCUUCUAUGACUGUUCUUGUUGAAGUACAUGUUGUCAUAGGUGUAACUUAUAUGACUGUUCACGUGCAAGUACUGCCUACAUAUGAGACAUGUUCUCAUAGGCGUAACUUCUAUGACUGUAAGGGUACAAGUACGUGUUAUCAUAGCCUAAACUUCAAGGAUUGUACUUGUUUAAGAAAAUGUCUACAUUAAUAAAGGAUUGAUCUGUUAAUUGUGUACGUUCAUGCAGUAUGAAUGCUUGGGCCCGAUUUUGCAUUUCUAUGAUAGUACAUGCACAAGAUGAGUACUGACAGUUACAAGGUUUUAAGUGACAUGAAAUCAAUAAGUGACACCAACCUUUGCUGAUAUUGUUGUAAAUCCAUUUUAAUUAUUGCAAGGGUUAAUGAAAACUGAAAAAAACUUGAAUAAAUGUGUAUUACAUUGUAUCACACUCUUUAAUUAUUGUUUAAUGCUAUAUUAUUUUGUUUCAUGACACAUGCUAUGUCUGAUCAAUAAUUUUUGUGAUAUAAAAAUGAUCUAUAUUCUUGCAGGGACAAGAAUCAUGAUACUUCUUUUUUGUAAACAAAAUUUGAACAGUGUACUUGGGCAAGUUUUUUUAAUUUUUGUUACUCGGGUUUCCAAAAAAAUAAUGUCCGCGGGAGGAAGGUCAAAAUUUGAAAACGAUCAUGACUGUACUUUUAUUUUUUUCAGAUUUAUAUCCUGUUCUAAAAAUAUUAAAAGGAUCAAAUUGUAUCAAAAAGCGAUUUUUCCUAAAUUUAAAAAAAAAUGGGUUAACAGUUCUGAGGAACAAAAAUUAAAAACCAGCCUUAGUACAUGGUUUAAUAAAAUAGGGACUUCUAGAACUGCACAAUAUUUUGUUUUAUUUGCACAUGGAUUUUCAGUAGAAACUUGAGACCCAUGUUGGUAUGAUUGUUGCUUCAAAUCUGAUGUUAAAAAUGUAUAUUGAUAGUUAGGUGUUAACAUUUUUGUUAAGUACAUGCAUAGUAAAAUCAUUCGGGUUAACUUUGUGUUGAUACAGACUUCUGUAAAUGAUCAGUUAAAAUUUUUAAGAUACAUUCCAAAACAUUAGGAGCCAUUUUAUCAAUGAUUGUAUCAUACGUUCAAUUUUUCGAAUCAAUACUUUUUAGCAGUAAGAAUAUCUAUUUCGAAAAAAGAUAAUAAUAGUCAGUUCAAACACAGUUCAUUUGAUUUUGCAAGCAAAAUGUUUUAUUUCAUUUGUAGCAUUGAUUAAUUUUUCUAACUUAAAAAUUCUUGUCCAAUGAUCUUAGGAUAUUUUGCCACAUGCUCAUUGGUAAUAUGGCCCCUAUCUCUCUAUAAUAGAAGAAUAUAUCCAACAUAUUAUUCAGAUGAUUGAUAGCUGAAACACCCUUACUUUGCUUUAAAUGAUGUUCGUAUAUAUAUAUAUAUAUAUAUAUUUAUUAUGUCGAAAGUAGUUUGUAGAAAGUGUGUGUGCUUCAUGAUUUUGUGAUAUUUAAAUUUUAUUAUGAUUGGACUUUUUGGCGUGAAUGGAACACUGUUUCAGGUCUUAUACAUAGAUGUUUAUUUUGUUUGUUUUUAAAUUUUUAUUUAUUUUCUUUCCAUCCAUACUUUUUUGUGAACAUUUUGUACAAUAUCAUUAUAAAUAAAUUUAAGUAUUCAA